ACCACCACCAAAGCAACCACAACAACGGAUUCAACAUCUACACCAAUGACGCCGACCACAACAACUACUACCACAACAAGAACAACAACAGAUUCAACAUCUACACCAAUGACGACGACCACCACAGCAGAAGCAACAUCGGAUUUAACAUCAACACUUAUGAUGACCAACACCACAGCAACAACAGCAACGGAUUCAACAUCUACACCAAUGACGCCGACCACCACAACCACUACCACCACCACAACAACAACAACAACAAUAGAUUCAACAUCUACACCAAUGACGACCACCACCACAGCAGCAACAACUACGGAUUUAACGUCAGCUCUUUUGACAACCAACACCACAACAACAACAGCAACGGAUUCAGCAUCUACACUAAUGACGACAAACACCACCAUAGCAACAACAAAAAAUUCAACUUCUACACCAAUGGUGACGAAGACCACCACCACCACCACAGCAACAAUAUCGAACUCAACGACUGCUGGACAAUCCCGCACUUCAAAUAUAACGGAAGAGAAUACAACAUCAAUAAUAAAUGUAGAAACUGUAUACAAUUCGAAAACAACAAUUGGGUCAACACUAUUGGACACAUCAACUACACCAAAACAUAAAAAAGAAGGAUCAAUAAGAGAAAGGCACUGCCAACUACCAAUCCCCUGUCAUCGGCACAAGCAUCAGAUAUUCAUACUACCGCAGAAUCAAUUGGGAACACCAACGGAACGACAAAUCCUGGUUACGCAUCUUCAAGUUCAUCAUACGGCAUGGUUAUUGGUAGAAUUGCCGAGGGCGCAAGCUAAAGGACCAACUUGAUUCCUACCCGAAUAAGCAACAUUUUAAGAUGGCUAUAUGCAUAUAUUGGACUAAUAUAAAGGCUAAUACGGUAAUAUGUUGGUGUCAACAUUAUUCAGAAAGUAUAGUUAUUGUUUUAUGACCUACAUUAAUAAAUCAGUGCAAGUCAGUCACAUGACUCAGCUUACGUCGGUGACAUUGAAAACAGUAAAUAAUGCCUAAUAGAAAAUAGUGACAUCAAUCCAAUUUUGACCGUUUUAUUGUUGGCUUCUCGUCGUUCAUUCUCAAACAGGCGUUCAACGAUUUACUCUGACGGCGCUAAACGAGAAUGAACAAGUUGUGUGUCGGCAACCAGCAUACGCUGUAGUGAAUAAAGUGCUCCCGGAGGUUAAGCAAAUGAUAAAAAUGCCACAGCAAAUGAUUCGUUGUAACAGAGAGAAGGCUGUAUACUCCUGAAAGGUCCUUGCAACUUCGUUGACUCUAUCCCUUUGGCACUGCUCGUAAAUUAAAUUAAACUUGGGUAAUCUGUUCGAUAUCCUGAAAUUUUAUAAAGAUAAUCAUAAUGUGAAUAUUGUGAUGAAAAGUACUUGUUCAGAAAAAGUUCCCGCCCCUUUUACUAUUUCUUUUGUUAAUUUUUUGCCAACACGCAUGGGUUUAAACUGUGUUUUGACUGACCUUUUGUUAUUUUAUUUCAAAUUGUUUGUGUAUGUGCUGUGCGGAGAUUUCUUUGGCACA